CUAGGGUCCUCCCUUGGUCCACGUCGCUUUAUUUCCAGUCCACUGCACCACCACGGCCAUUGUUCUCCUUCCACCGUCGACACGACGAGGACAACGACCACGACGGCGUCAUAUACCUGACUAGAUACCCUUCCCGCAGUGGACCGGGCUCCGUUCCUUACUAUACCUGGAUUCACGCAAUGGCUACCAAUCUCACAGAGCUCAUCGACGAAGAUGCCUCGCAGCGGACGCUGGCGCCCGUUGCCGUUGGUUCUCAGAUUGCUCUAAUGAGUGUUGUCUCGGCCGUGACGAUCAUUGUCUUCAAUAUUCUGCGACCCAGGAACAAGAUCGUAUACGAACCCAAAGUCAAGUACCAUGUGGGCGACAAACGGCCGCCCCGUAUAUCCGACUCGCUGCUUGGCUGGCUGCCGCCGCUCAUACACACAAAGGAACCCGUGCUCGUGGAGAAGAUUGGUCUCGACGCAGCGAUCUUUCUGCGUUUCCUGCGCAUGUUUCGCUAUCUGUUCACCGCAAUCGCAUUCAUUUGUUGCGCGCUGCUCAUCCCCGUCGACGUCUCCUACAAUCUCCGCCACAUACCCUCUGAGUCGCGCGACGUGCUCUCCAUGAUGACCAUCCGCGAUGUCUCCGGUAACCUGCUCUUUGUGCAUGUCGCAGUCACCUACGUCAUCACCGGGCUUGUCAUGGGUUUUGUCUGGAUCAACUGGCGCGAGGUGCUCCGACUUCGUCAGGCUUGGUUCCGCUCGCCCGAGUACAUGCAGUCAUUUUAUGCGCGCACGCUCAUGAUCACCGAAGUCCCGCGCCAACUCCAAUCUGACGAAGGCCUCCGUGCGAUCUUCCAGUCCGUGCAGGUCCCAUACCCGACGACCUCGGUACACAUUGGCCGCAGGGUCGGCAAACUGGCAGAGCUGAUCGAAUUCCACAACAAUACUGUCCGCGAGCUAGAGCACGUGUUGGUUCGGUAUCUGAAAGAUGGGAACAUAGGAAAGCAGCGCCCGCAGAUACGAUUGGGCGGUUUCGUGUGUUUUGGGGGCCAGAAGGUGGAUGCAAUCGACUAUUACACAGCUAAGUUGAGGCGAUGUGAAGAAGCAGUCGAGAAUUGCCGCAAUGAGAUCGCCACACGUCGAGCUGAAAGCUAUGGAUUUGCUUCUAUGGCGGCCGUCCCAUACGCGCACAUUGUCGCGAGGUUGCUGAAGGACAAACACCCGAAAGGUACAACCAUCACACUUGCUCCCAACCCCAAAGACAUCGUUUGGUCAAAUCUGAGCAUGUCAAAGGCAGAGCUCAUGCGCAACCAAACAUUUGGAUGGUCAUUUCUUGUCCUGGUGUGUUCCGUGAACACAGUGCCGCUUCUCAUCAUCUCGAUUUUGGCAAACCUGGCUUCUCUGACCAGUUAUGUGCCUUUCUUGGAUAGAUGGUCAGAGGCAUCUCCAGGAACGUUCACGUUUAUCUCUGGUGUACUGCCGCCUGCGGUGUCCGCGGCUUUUGGCUAUGCGUUGCCAAUUAUCAUGCGCUGGCUGACGAAGUACAUGGGCGCGCAUACGCACUCAAGGCUCGACCGCGCAGUCAUCGCGCGGUACUUCGCGUUCUUGGUCAUUUCCCAGCUGAUUAUCUUCACGUUGAUUGGUGUCAUCUUCAAUUCCGUUACUGCAAUAGUCGAGCAGGUCGGAAAGCAUGAAAGCAUCGGGGAGAUCGUCGAAAAUCUACACACGCUGCCUAGCACCAUAAAUCGUACCUACAUUGACCAGGCAUCGUACUGGCUGACAUAUUUCCCGCUUCGCGGCUUUUUGGUGUUGUUUGAUCUGGCGCAGAUCAUCCACCUGGUCAUUGUAUUUGUCAAGAAACACCUUUUCGGACGAACACCGCGCGACAUCCGUGAAUGGACUCAGCCACCAGAUUUUCAGUAUGCGAUCUAUUACUCCAACCUGCUUUUCAUGGGUACGGUCGGACUCUUCUUUGCGCCACUGGCGCCACUUGUCGCAGUCGCUGCCAUGGUCGUGUUCUGGCUCAGUUCCUGGGUCUACAAAUAUCAACUUAUGUUUGUGUUUGUAACCAGAGUGGAAACAGGCGGGCGUUUAUGGAAUGUCAUUGUUAACCGCCUGCUCGUUUCUACUGUAAUCGGACAGCUGCUGAUGGUACUCACGAUCGGCCUGCAGUAUGAGUUCCAGUCCUUCUUCUGGCUCUCUACCGUCCCGCCUAUUCUAUUUAUCCUGGCUUUCAAGGUGUAUAUCGACCGGAAUUUCUUGUCCAACUUCCGCUACUACAUUCCUUCUGAGGAUGAACUACGUCAAGCCCACAUUUAUUCAAAGCGCGCUGACGCAGCGGGCAACAAGCUCGAGAAACGAUUCGGCCAUCCGGCGCUCCAUGCAGAGCUGUUCACUCCCAUGGUGCACGCCAACAUGACGCAUCUGCUGUCAGAGGUGUUCAACGGCAAAAUCGGAAGGACGAAGACGAAAUUGGACGAUCUGGGUGGCAGCAAGGUCGAUGCGGUUGUGGCCGAUGGCGUCAAGAUUGCUGGUAUUGAAGAGCGAGACUUGGAGUACGAUCCCGCUCUCUAUCAGCGCGACAGGGGCGAACUGGACUGGGACCAGCGCUCUAUGUCGAUGUCAUCGGUCAACCUACUUGCUGGCGAUAAAAACGUAUCAAAAGCUGAGCUGUUCGCUGCGAGCGGCCGUGCAUCCCCGGCCCCGUCGCAGAAGAUGGCAUAUGACAAAUAUCUCGCGAACGGCGCUCAGCCAGAAAUUGAGAUGGCACGACUUGAUUAUGAUGAGCAGCCUCUUUUGCCUACUGUAGAGGCUCCGGGAUAUUCUGACCCAUCAGAUGCAAGGAGCAUCUACAGCAAUCCGCAUUCUUAUUCUCCCAUGCAAGAGGCUCCGUCAGUGCCUUCGCUGGCUGCUGGCUACCGAUCGGACGACGGUCACAGAGAAGCACCCGUGCAUCGGCCACAUCCUGCGGGUCAAGAUUACUGGCGAUAGUGUACGCUCCAAGCUGUCCCGCAGUUGUUCGCUCUGUAUCCCCGCUGCUGGCGCGUAGAUCGUGGUCGCGUUCGAUGCACAUGUAUAAUGUAUGCUUCAGUUCCGAUAGGGUGCUGUGCUGUAUCUGAUCAGUAGGCUUGGUUUGCAUCCCUACGUGUACAUUGUUUUGGUGGAUAAUUUGCCAAGACGUUGAUAAAAUACAAUCGACAGUAAUGGCUAGCUCUUCAUUCGUUCGAGAUUCGAAUUCCUCAUCACAGCUUACAGGGCACGGUGAGAUAUCGCGAGAAAGUUGCAGUGCUUUGCGCUGUCGGGAGUCACCUAUAUGAGAUUCCUCGUCCCGAUUUUCCGAUGAAUGAUCAUUUCUUCUUCGAUCCGCCGCACCGACUGCAUAUAACAA